UAAUGUCCCACUACCAAAAGCCCUUCCUGAAAUGCAUAUACAAGUCCAACAGAGUCUACAAAUGACAUAGGGAAAUAUGACCGAGGUAUCCAAUCUGAUCCUGCUUGUGAUCUCGGCACUACCCGAUCAAUUGGCUAAUGGAUUCCCCAGACAAGUCUCCACUGCUGAUCCCUCGUUUUUUCCCCAACUGACACAUAUAAGAAAAAGCCAAAAGGAUCCGCAGCGACCUACCUCGUUGUCCUUUAGGUAUCUGCGCAAUCACGUUCAACCAAGAUGUCCACGAAUUUGUCAAUGCCCCCUCUGCCGGCAGUGUACCUUCUCAUGGGGUCUCUCCCAUUACUGGUCAUUUCAGAGGCCGUAUCCCGAUCCCACACUGGCACAGCCUUAUUCAAAAUGCUCUCCUCGGUCGCUUUCCUCAGUGGGCCACUCUUUCUAAUAUCAGGAGAGUGGACUUCCACUCGCUCUUUCAUCUCUGCCGGCCUUCUUUUCUCCCUAGCGGGUGACUUUUUCUUAAUCCCCUCGCGAAGCGAAUUCCAUGAUGCGAACUCCCAACCCCAACAGGAGAAGAAAAUUUCCAUCUCCUUCCAACUGGGCGUUGUCGCCUUCGCAGCAGCUCAUAUAGCCUAUAUCCUGGCCUUCUUCCAGGACAAUGAGGUGAUCUCGUGGGGAACCUUCGCAACAACAUUCCUCGCAACCAUGGCGGUCGCAAAAUGGCUUGGCGUCAUCUAUCCACCGCCGCAUUCCUCGGCUCAAAGUAAUGUGCUGGAUCUCGCCCUUCCUGCGGAUAUGAAACCAUUGGUCCUCGUUUAUGCUACCAUCAUCAGCGUGAUGUUUGCUACUGCGGCUUCGACGACCCCGGUGGAUGUUUCGUCCUACUGGCAGUAUCAGCGAGUGUUUGGCGCGGCGAUGUUCGUUGCUAGCGAUGUUUAUGUUGCGAAGGAUGCAUUUAAGAAAUCUCGUGGAAGCCGGGGUUGGGUUCAGAGUACUUUUGGGUAUGGAUUGUAUUUCUGGGGGCAGAUGGUUAUCGCGGGGUUGGCACAGGGCUGACUAGUUUGUUGGUUGAGGGGAGCAUGCUUUGAGAUUCGAUAGCUGUAUCGGAUUCUAAUAAGAGGUAGCAUGCUGCCUGAAUGAAACUCAUGAAAUGUCUGACAAUCGCUAUCGAAAGACAAAUAGAAGACAGGUCAUGUGGAUCGACUGUGCCCUAGUUUGCUCCAUGUUACUCACCUUGAGUAGCAAGACCCAACACGCUAUACGUGUUGAGAAUAGCGGUAGAGUGGACAAAGGUUAAAUGUUACCAGUUCGUCAUUGAAUUCAUGGAUUCAUUCUGUCGUGCUCCUCCCCAGCCCGGAUAACACAGUGAGCAUUAAACAUACAAGCAUACCCUCAAC